AUGCCUCAGGGCGCCUACUUCACCUACCAUCCAGUGUUAGAUGGCACACCAUGUGAUGCUGAGGGUUUUGAUUUACCUCUGGACCAGCCUCCCAACCACCCACCUCACCCAGAACAUGAUACCUGGCAUCCUUUUCCUUCCCAUGGCCAUUUUGAGCUUGCCGACUUCAUCUUCCACUGCAAUCAAAUGCCUGCAAAACAAAUAGACGACUUGAUGCAGGUCCUUGUACAUUUCAACGAAACUCAUGGCGAUCCACCUUUCAAUAGUGAUGCCCAUCUUUAUGACUCCAUCAACUCCAUCUCUUCACACGAUGUUCAGUGGCAGUCAUUGUCUCUCCGACACCCUGACUUCGAGAUACUCCAGAAUGAUCCUGACACUGCUCCAUGGAAAUGUGUUGAGUAUGAUGUUUGGUAUCGAGACCUGUUCUUUGGUGAGCAAGGUCAGCAGGUCUGGACAGAUCUGAUGACUGGAAAUUGGGCAUGGGGCCAAUGUAAUACCCUUGCAGAUGAUCCAGACUGCCAUGGCGCUAUGUUCAUGCCAGUUAUUCUCAGCAGUGACAAGACUACAGUUUCAGUAGUGACCGGUCAAAACGAUUACUAUCUGUUAUAUAUAUCUGCCAGCAACCUCCACAACAACAUUCGAUGUGCACAUCGAGAGUCUAUUAUCCUGAACAGCUGUUGUUAUCAUGCAUUGUUCAAAAUUGGUGUCCGCAUGGGACUGCUGAUCCCAAAAACAUGGAUGGGACACAAUCCUUUCACAGCAUAUUUUCCGCGUGCUGAUAUCCAUGAACUUCUUGCCCCCGAUAUUCUUCAUCAGAUUAUCAAGGGCACCUUCAAAGACCAUCUCGUCAAGUGGGUUGACGAGUACCUUGUGAUAACAUAUGGCGAAGCACAAGCUGAGUUGAUAUGGGCUGAUAUUGAUCAUUGGUACCAACAUUGCUGUGGUCCCAUCAUUUCUGGGUCUUCGAUGAUUUCCAUAGGGCCAAAGAUUCAAGCAGUGGACAGGUGA